CUUCGACUUCGUACGGACCAUCGAUAUAAUAUUUCUGCCUGGGAUGACAGCCUAGGCCUCUGUCAUAUUUAUUUAAAAAUUAUUUAUAUUAUGAGGAAAGAUGAAUAACCUAUCUCCAAUGCCACUGAAAAUCGUGGGCUUUUAAACAUUCAAUAAUUAUAUGAUGAUAAUUGUUAACUGAAUAUUCACAAAGAUAAAUAUGAGAAAGAAAAAAAAUGGCAAGGAGCUUGUGCAUCGCUACGGAUUUUUCAUGCUGAUGCUUUUAUGCAUUCUUUUUGCAUCGCUCAGCUCAAAAUUUGGCGGUGCUAAAGGAAAAAUAAAUGGAAACAUAGUGAUUUGGUAUUUCGCAGUGCCUUUGACAUAUUUUGAAGCAGGGUUGUCCUGCAGCCCUAAGGCACUAUAUUCCUCCUUAACCGAUGGUUACCUUUUGAUAUAUUUAAUAUUAUUUAUGUAUUUAUUAAUGCCACUUUUGGCUAGAAUUAGUAGCUGUAUUCUGACUUACGUACAAGUAAACAUCUGGCUACUGAAAGGAAUGGAAGUUCUUUACUGUAUGCCACCCCCAUUCAGCACAAGCCUCGUUUUGAGUAGAGUAGCUCAUGCAGAUUUACCGACAAGUGUCAUUACCACGCUCGUUUCUCAUUUCGUUGGACUAUUUUUAUCUCCAAUUGUACUGUACUUCAUGUUAGGGGCAUCAACACCACCCCUGGUUGGUAUCAACAUCAAGGAAAUACUUUACAGUACUUUACUGCCUCUUGGAUUUGGUAUUACUGUGCAGAUGUCCUUCAUAAGCAAUUCUGAAGAUUUUGAACAUAAAUUUCGAUGGCUUUCCCAGGGAUUAUUAUUGCUCACGGCUUAUCACUGGUUUUGUGAUGCUGUUGUUAUCGAGGCUUCCUCCUUACAAGCAGUUGAUGUGUUACUUUGUGUACUCAUUGCUUGCCUGGGUCAAAUUCUGAUAACUAGCAUCUGCUGGAUUUUAUGCUCUCAAUGGUUGCCACGAAACGUCUUACUAGCAGCAUUAUUUACCAGCACACACAAAUCUGUUGGACUUGGAGGAUGGCUUUUGCGAGGAGCAUACCAUGGAUCAGUUCAAGGUCCAGCAAUUAGUUUACCCUUAUCAGUUUUGCCCGUCGCUCAAUUAUUACUCGGUACUUUAUUAGCCAGUUUUCUAGCACCCUAAGUAUGCCUUUAAGAAAAAAAAAGGUUUGCCUUCGAUUCUAUCGAAUUUUACUCUCCUCAUAGACUGAGAUAAUAAGUAGAUCUUCGAAACAAGUUUAUAGAAAUGUGAUACGUUUUCCCUAAUCACCAUCCCUAGAAUUUAGAUAGAUGAGUACAAGGCCUUCCAACUUUAGAAUAGAGUAAGAAAUUAUGAUCUUAGAAAUGAUUAAAGAAUAGAUUAACUAUAAAUAAAAUCUGUUUGAUAUCGGGAAAAACAUGGAAUUCAAAGACUUGUAUACUUGAUACUUGUUUGAGGUAUCAAACUGUUUUAUUUUCAAAGUUCUCACUAUCAGGGUCAUUUGAUUUGCCCUUUAAGAAUAAUAUGAAUCCUUACAUAAAUACAGAAUCUAAAAUAGUUCUAAAUACGCGCAUUAAAAUGUAGCUUGUACUUAGGACUUAUCUCUCAACUAAAACGUGCCAUUUACUGAAUUACUCUAGAUUAUAAUAAGUAUUUUUAACACUCGCUUUACAUCAAACCUCUUGUAAAUAUCA